AGAACCAGCGGGCGUAACCAUUCCCCAAACGACCAGGCGUCGACCAAAGAAUCACUCCGGCUCGUCACCGAGAUCCGCUCACCCGCCGCGCCCGCCCCCGCGGUGGUUUUUCGGGCCGCUCAUCACAUCCGGGGCUCUUUAGAGAGAAUUAGGACUAGAGAGGCGGGCGCGAAGGACGGGAAGCGGCGGGUCAUUCCGCCUUCCCCCUCCCCCGUGGCGGGGGCCCGAUGGUAGCGCCUGAGGUUGCGGGUCCCGCGCCUGCGCAGUGCGGCGUCUAGAGGAACAGCGAGAGGGAGACGGACGUUGAGAGAACGAGAAGGAAGGAGAGAAAAUGGCGUCCACGGAUUAUAGUACAUACAGCCAAGCUGCAGCCCAGCAGGGCUACAGCGCUUAUACCGCCCAGCCCACUCAAGGAUAUGCACAGACUACCCAGGCGUAUGGGCAGCAAAGUUAUGGAACCUAUGGACAGCCCACUGAUGUCAGCUAUACCCAGGCUCAGACCACUGCAACCUAUGGGCAGACCGCCUAUGCAACUUCUUAUGGACAGCCUCCCACUGUAGAAGGGACCAGUACAGGAUAUUCAACUCCAGCUGCCCCCCAGGCGUACAGUCAGCCUGUCCAGGGGUACGGCACUGGCGCUUACGACACCACCACUGCCACGGUUACAACCACCCAGGCCUCCUAUGCAGCUCAGCCUGCAUAUGGUACUCAGCCUGCCUACCCAGCUUAUGGACAGCAGCCAGCAGCCACCGCGCCCGCAAGACCGCAGGAUGGUAACAAACCCGCUGAGACUAGUCAACCUCAAUCUAGCACAGGGGGUUACAACCAGCCCAGCCUAGGAUACGGACAGAGUAACUACAGUUAUCCCCAGGUACCUGGGAGCUACCCCAUGCAGCCAGUCUCGGCACCACCAUCCUAUCCUCCUACCAGCUACUCCUCUACGCAGCCGACUAGUUACGAUCAGAGCAGUUACUCCCAGCAGAACACCUACGGGCAGCCGAGCAGCUACGGGCAGCAGAGUAGCUAUGGCCAGCAAAGCAGCUAUGGGCAGCAGCCACCCACUAGUUACCCCCCCCAGACUGGAUCCUACAGCCAGGCUCCAAGUCAAUAUAGUCAACAGAGCAGCAGCUACGGGCAGCAGAGUUCAUUCCGACAGGACCACCCCAGUAGCAUGGGUGUUUAUGGGCAGGAGUCUGGAGGAUUUUCCGGACCAGGAGAGAACCGGAGCAUGAGUGGCCCUGAUAACCGGGGCAGGGGAAGAGGGGGAUUUGAUCGUGGAGGCAUGAGCAGAGGUGGGCGGGGAGGAGGACGCGGUGGAAUGGGCGCUGGAGAGCGAGGUGGCUUCAAUAAGCCUGGUGGACCCAUGGAUGAAGGACCAGAUCUUGAUUUAGGCCCACCUGUAGAUCCAGAUGAAGACUCUGACAACAGUGCCAUUUACGUGCAAGGACUGAGUGACAGUGUGACUCUCGAUGAUCUGGUCGACUUCUUUAAGCAGUGUGGAGGCGUUAAGAUGAACAAGAGGACUGGACAACCCAUGAUCCAUAUUUACUUGGACAAGGAAACAGGAAAGCCCAAAGGCGAUGCUACAGUGUCUUAUGAAGACCCACCAACUGCCAAAACUGCCGUCGAGUGGUUUGAUGGCAAAGAUUUCCAAGGGAGCAAACUUAAAGUGUCUCUUGCUCGGAAGAAGCCGCCCAUGAACAGCAUGCGGGGCGGGAUGCCGCCGCGCGAGGGCAGGGGGAUGCCGCCACCGCUCCGAGGAGGUCCAGGGGGCCCAGGAGGUCCUGGAGGACCCAUGGGGCGCAUGGGAGGCCGUGGAGGAGACAGAGGUGGCUUCCCACCAAGAGGGCCCCGCGGUUCCCGGGGGAACCCGUCUGGAGGAGGAAACGUCCAGCACCGAGCCGGAGACUGGCAGUGCCCCAACCCGGGCUGUGGAAACCAGAACUUUGCCUGGAGAACAGAGUGCAACCAGUGUAAGGCCCCAAAGCCUGAAGGCUUCCUCCCACCACCUUUCCCGCCCCCGGGCGGUGACCGCGGCAGAGGUGGCCCUGGAGGCAUGCGGGGAGGAAGAGGUGGCCUCAUGGACCGCGGGGGUCCCGGUGGAAUGUUCAGAGGCGGCCGUGGUGGAGACAGAGGUGGCUUCCGUGGCGGCCGGGGCAUGGACCGCGGUGGCUUUGGUGGUGGAAGACGAGGUGGCCCUGGGGGACCCCCUGGACCACUGAUGGAACAGAUGGGAGGACGACGAGGCGGGCGAGGAGGACCUGGAAAGAUGGAUAAAGGCGAGCACCGUCAGGAGCGCAGAGACCGGCCCUACUAGACGCAGAGACCCGCAGAGCUGCAUUGACUACCAGAUUUAUUUUUUAAACCAGAAAAUGUUUUAAAUUUAUAAUUCCAUAUUUAUAAUGUUGGCCACAACAUUAUGAUUAUUCCUUGUCUGUACUUUAGUAUUUUUCACCAUUUGUGAAGAAACAUUAAAACAAGUUAAAUGGUAGUGUGCUGAGUUUUUUUUUCUUAUUUUAAAGAUGGUUGUUUAAGACUAAACAAUGGGAACCCCUUGUGAGCAUGCUCAGUAUCUUGUGGAGAACCAAGAGGGCCUCUAACUGUAACAAUGUUCAUGGUUGUGAUUUUUUUUUUUUAAAUAAAAUUACAAAUGUUUAUAAACAGUCA